AUGCCUCUCAUUGCACAGAACCCCCAGCCGAGAGUGAUUCUCGGGCUGAUGACCUUUGGUCCCUCUGAGGCCAAGGGCGCCCGGAUCACCUCGCUCGACGAGUACAACAAAUGCCUCGAUUACUUCCAGCAGCAGGGCUUCAAUGAAGUCGACACCGCUCGCAUCUACAUUGAUGGAGAGCAGGAGGCUUUCACAGCCAAGGCGAACUGGAAGUCGCGCGGCUUGACUCUGGCUACCAAAUGGUACCCGCACCAACCCGGCUUCCACAAGCCAGACAUCCUCCGUGAGAACUUGGAGCUUUCUCUGAAGGAGCUGCAGACUGAUACAGUUGAUAUUUUCUACCUGCAUGCUGCGGAUCGUGCAACUCCGUUUGCUGAGACUCUCGAGGCUGUUAAUCAACUGCACAAGGAGGGCAAGUUUGUUCAGCUUGGUCUGAGUAACUUUACGGCCUUUGAGGUUGCUGAGAUCUGCACGCUCUGUGCUGCCAAUGGAUGGGUACGUCCUACUAUCUACCAGGCUAUGUACAAUGCCAUUACUCGCAAUAUCGAGACGGAACUAGUCCCUGCCUGUCACCGGUACGGCCUCGACAUUGUCAUCUACAACCCUCUAGCCGGCGGUCUGUUCUCCGGAAAAUACAAGACACGCGAUAUCCCCGCUGAGGGCAGAUACAGCGAUGCCAGCUCCACCGGCACUAACUACCGCAACCGCUACUUCAGAGAUGCCACCUUCGAAGCCCUGAGUCUGAUCGAGCCUGUUGUGGAGAAGCACGGUCUCACCUUGCUGGAGACGGCUCUUCGCUGGGUGCGCCACCACUCUGCCCUGAGAAUGGACAAUGGUGGCCGUGACGGCGUCCUCGUUGGUGUUAGCAGCUUUAGCCAGCUCGAGACCAACCUUGCUGAUCUUCAGAAGGGUCCUUUGCCUGAGGAAGUCGUUCGGGCUUUGGAUGAGGCUUGGCUUGUUGCUAAGUCUAACUCACCGAAUUAUUGGCAUCUGGAUCUGAAGUAUACUUAUGAUACUCAGAAGGCUCUGUAUGGGCCUAACCACCUCAUCUGCUCGCCCCUUGACCUCGGCCUCUUAUCUGUUAUCUUUCGCAAGGACAGUAGAUCGGACAAGAAUCCCUUUGACCACGGAGGAUUCUAUGCAAUAAUCAAGACGAUUAGCGACACCCCCACCAACGACACUGUGGCUUCAGAUAAUAUUGAGCUCUCAGAGCCGCGGGUGAUCUCGACCCCGGACACGGUCCACGACUCCCAAGACUCGGACGACGAGAUGGUUGUCAAUCGCCCCCCAAUGCACCGACCCACGGAUGGCCGCUCGCAACAACCCUUGCUCAAAAAUGACCGCCAUGGUCGGUUACCCCGCUCAAGCUUUGGAAAUGGUGACACGGAAGGCCGGCCCAUGCUGCACCAUACCAGACGCCCAACCAUCCGGAGUAAGAGCCCGGAACACGAUGCCGCCCAAGCGACUCGCAAGAAAUACAUGAUUGCAUCGGGAUUCCUCCUACUCAGCUUGGCUAGCUUCGUCAUCCAAACGGAGACUGCUUCAUACAUCCAGAAUGAGCUGGGCUGGAAGAAACCCUAUUGUAUGCUCUAUAUGACUCACGGUUCUUGGACCUUGCUUUGGCUGGUCCAACUCGGUAUCCUUCGACUCCAGAAACGGUCCAUGUCCUGGGAGGCUUUCUGGCGACGACACGUCUUUCUCCUCCGCACUACUGCGCAAAUGGUAGAAUCUCAGGAUGUGCACCUCACCACCCGCUCUUCGAAUCGAUCCCCUAUCCCCUACAUGGUUAAGACCACCGCUUUUGUGACUACUGCUCUCACAAUCGCCGGAGGAUCAUGGUACGUCGCGGUCAACAUGACCACGGCCAGCGAUCUGACAGCUAUUUACAACUGUUCGGCUUUCUUUGCGUAUGCUUUUUCGAUUCCUCUCUUGAAUGAGAAAUUGCGCUUCGACAAGGUGUUUUCCGUGGCAGUCGCUACUAUCGGUGUCAUGGUAGUUGCGUACGGUGACCGACCUGAGAAGAAGGCAUCAAAAGGAGGUUCGAAUGAUGGCGCUCAGAACAGACUGCUUGGCAAUAUCGUCAUUGGUAUUGGAAGCGUUCUCUAUGGAUUGUAUGAGGUGCUCUAUAAGCGGUUCGCCUGUCCCCCGGAAGGUACCAGUCCGGGUCGCGGCACAAUCUUUGCCAAUACCUUUGGCAGUUUGAUCGGAGUCUUUACUCUGCUUGUGCUGUGGAUCCCAUUGCCUUUCCUACAUUGGUGGGGAUGGGAGACCUUUGAAUGGCCGACAGGCGAGGCAGGCUGGAUGUUGAUCAUCUCCGUGUGUGCCAAUGCGACAUUCUCCGGUUCAUUCCUGGUGCUUAUUUCUCUUACGUCGCCUGUCCUCUCAUCAGUCGCUGCCCUCCUCACUAUCUUCCUCGUCGCUCUCGUGGACUGGUUCCGAACAGGCGAUCCUCUUUCUAUGGCAUCUAUCAUUGGUGGCAUUUUGAUCAUGGUUGCAUUUUUCAUGCUGAGUUUCAGCACAUAUAGAGAAAUGAACGAGGAGCGCAAGAAGCAUCUCGAGAACGACGAGGUUGAGUCUGACAGCGAUGCAUAG